AUGUCGAGCCUCAGCAGUGGCUCCCAGGACACCAGCGGCAGCAGCAACACCACCAAUGGCGGCGGUGGCGGCGGCGGCGGCCCCAAGGCCGGCGUGGCCAGCAAGAGCGCGGCGGUGGCCGCCGCCGCUGCCCCGGCCUCCGUGGCCGACGACGCACCGCCCCCCGAACGCCGGAACAAAAGCGGCAUCAUCAGCGAACCCCUCAACAAGAGCCUGCGCCGCUCCCGCCCCCUCUCCCACUACUCCUCCUUCGGGGGCGGCGGGGGCGGCGCGACGGGCGGGGAGUCCGCCGAGAAGGCCGCGGCCGCCGCGGCCGCCGCCUCCCUGUUGGCCAACGGGCACGACCUGGCCGCAGCCAUGGCCGUGGACAAAAGCAACCCUACCUCAAAGCACAAAAGCGGCGCGGCGGCCAGCCUGCUGAGCAAGGCCGAGCAGGCCACGGAGCUGGCAGCCGAAGGACAGCUGACGCUGCAGCAGUUCGCGCAGUCCACGGAGAUGCUGAAGCGCGUGGUGCAGGAGCACCUGCCGCUGAUGAGCGAGGCGGGCGCCGGCCUGCCCGACAUGGAGGCCGUGGCCGGCGCCGAAGCCCUCAACGGCCAGUCCGACUUCCCCUACCUGGGCACCUUCCCCAUCAACCCGGGCCUCUUCAUCAUGACGCCGGCGGGCGUGUUCCUGGCGGAGAGCGCGCUGCACAUGGCGGGCCUGGCCGAGUACCCCAUGCAGGGGGAGCUGGCCUCCGCCAUCAGCUCCGGCAAGAAGAAGCGGAAACGCUGUGGCAUGUGCCCGCCCUGCCGGCGGCGCAUCAACUGCGAGCAGUGCAGCAGUUGUAGGAACCGAAAGACUGGCCAUCAGAUUUGCAAAUUCAGAAAAUGUGAGGAACUCAAAAAGAAGCCUUCCGCUGCUCUGGAGAAGGUGAUGCUUCCGACGGGAGCCGCCUUCCGGUGGUUUCAGUGA